AAAGUGUGGAUUCAUACGUGGAUAACAUUCCAAUUUCCAACACUAAACAGAUUCUCCACCAUUUCCCUGUCUCUUCCGCACGAGAGAAAGGUGAGUGAGUGAGAUGAUAUGGGCAUGGAUGCCUUAUAUUCCCCCCACACCACAUGCAAAAUCAAAUCAAAUUCACUAGUUUGGCCACAAUUCUUUGAUUUCUUACUAAAUAUUGUCUUUUACAUAAUUUUUUUACAUAACCAUCUUCUCAAUCACCAGUCCCCCUCCCAAGGCCCCAACCAUCUCUAUUUAAACAGGCUCUCUUCUUACCUUUAAACCAAUUCUAAUAUCCAUCUGCUCCUUUCCCCCCAUUUCUUUUUUUUUUUUCGUUUUUCCUGACUUCUAUUACAAAGCCAAUAGACAGGGUAAAAGUUUAAAAAUGGCUGCAAAAAAUAAACUUCAGAAGAGCUAUUUUGAUGUGUUGGGUCUCUGCUGCUCCUCUGAGGUUCCUCUGAUAGAAAGUAUAUUGAAAUCUCUUGAAGGUGUCAAAGAAGUAUCUGUGAUUGUUCCUACAAGAACUGUCGUUGUUCUCCAUGACAAUCUCCUUGUUUCUCAGCAUCAAAUUGUUAAGGCUCUAAAUCAAGCAAGACUGGAAGCAAAUGUGAGAGCACAUGGGGAGAUCAAGUACCAGAAAAAAUGGCCAAGCCCUUUUGCAGUGGCUUGUGGGUUGCUGCUUUUGUUAUCAUUUUUGAAGUAUGUUUACCACCCUUUGCAAUGGCUAGCUGUAGGAGCCGUGGCUAUUGGCAUCUGCCCCAUUGUUUUGAAGGGCUAUGCGGCCAUUAUGAAUUUCAGGCUCGAUAUCAACAUUCUUAUGCUCAUAGCAGUGAUAGGGAGCGUUGCAAUGAAAGACUACACUGAAGCUGGAACUAUAGUCUUCCUCUUCACCGUUGCGGAAUGGCUCGAGUCAAGAGCAAGCCAUAAGGCUACUGCUGUUAUGUCAUCAUUGAUGAGUAUAACUCCCCAAAAAGCAGUCAUUGCUGAGACUGGAGAAGAAGUAGAUGCCGAUGAAGUGAAAUUGAACACUGUUCUGGCAGUUAAGGCUGGUGAAGUUAUACCCAUUGAUGGAAUUGUUGUAGAUGGGAAAUGUGAAGUGGAUGAGAAAACCCUAACUGGUGAAUCACUUCCAGUUACCAAAGAAAAGGAUUCAACUGUCUGGGCUGGCACCAUCAAUUUAAAUGGUUAUAUUAGUGUUAAAACUACUGCUGUAGCUGAAGACUGUGUAGUGGCUAAAAUGGCAAAGCUGGUGGAGGAAGCUCAAAACAGCAAAUCUAGAACCCAAAGAUUCAUAGACAAAUGUGCCCAGUUCUACACCCCAGCAAUUAUAAUUGUAUCAGCCGCCAUUGCUGUGAUUCCAGCUGCAUUUAGAGUGCAUAACCUUCACCACUGGUUUCACUUGGCAUUGGUUGUCUUGGUGAGUGCAUGUCCAUGUGCGCUUAUCCUUUCUACGCCUGUUGCAACUUUUUGUGCACUUACAAAAGCAGCAACAUCAGGACUUGUUGUUAAGGGGGGCGACUAUCUUGAAAUCCUUUCCAAAAUUAAGAUCACAGCUUUUGAUAAAACUGGUACACUUACCAGGGGUGAAUUUGUUGUGACCGAUUUUCGAUCUCUCUGUGAAGAUAUAAGCUUGAACACAUUGCUUAACUGGGUUUCAAGUAUUGAGAGUAAGUCAAGUCAUCCAAUAGCAGCUGCGCUUGUAGACUAUGGAAGAUCACGUUCAACCGAACCUAAACCUGAAACUGUGGAGGAUUAUCAUAAUUUCCCUGGAGAAGGUAUUUAUGGGAGAAUUGAUGGCAGAGAUAUUUACAUUGGAAGCAGAAAAAUUUCGGUCAGAGCCCAUGGAACAGUUCCAACUCUAGAAGGCAAUAUGAUGGAAGGAACGACAGUUGGAUAUGUAUUUUCUGGAGCAACGCCUGCUGGAAUCUUCAGUCUCUCAGAUGCUUGUCGAACCGGUGUUGCAGAGGCAAUCAAUGAGCUAAAGUCAAUGGGGAUAAAAGCUGCUAUGCUUACUGGAGACAAUCAAGCUGCAGCAAUACAUGUACAACAACAGCUGGGGAAUCGUCUAGAUGUAGUCCACGCAGAACUUCUUCCUGAAGACAAGGCAAGAAUAAUCAAAGAGUUUAAGAAGGAAGGGCCAACGGCAAUGAUUGGAGAUGGCGUCAAUGAUGCACCUGCACUUGCUACAGCUGAUAUUGGUAUCUCAAUGGGCAUUUCGGGUUCAGCACUUGCAACAGAGACAGGGCAUGUGAUUCUCAUGUCAAAUGACAUUCGAAAGAUACCGAAAGCUAUUCAACUGGCUAGAAAGGCUCAUAGGAAAGUCUUUGAGAAUGUUAGUUUGUCAAUCGGUACCAAGGCUGCAAUUCUUGCUUUGGCCUUUGCUGGUCAUCCACUUGUGUGGGCGGCGGUUCUUGCUGAUGUUGGCACAUGCUUGUUAGUGAUCUGUAAUAGCAUGUUACUUUUGCAAGGAACACACAAACAUGCAGGAAAAUGUUGCAAAUCUUCAGCUGCAUCACAUACAGACAGACAUGGAUGCAAAACCGGUCAUUGCCACUCAUCUCAUGAACAUCGACAUGCUAGUAUAAACGGAAAGGUCCAAAAGGCGUGUGAGCCCCCAAAAUGCUCCUCCCAGAGGUGUGCCUCAAGAUGUCAAUCUAGCCCUUCCAAUUCAGAUUCAUCUUCAAAUUCAUGUGGGAGCAAUAAAUGUUCGGACUCAGGAAGGACACACGAUGGUUCUGAGAGUCAUGAAACAAAGCACUGUGACCAGGGAAGCUGUAACAAGGUCAAUCACAAGAUUGAGGUCCAUAAUUUGUCCAGCAAUUGUUGUUCAGGCCAUCACAGGUUAGGCUUGUGCACAGAACGUAAUGAUCUCCAUGGGGCAAACCACCGCCACCAGGGGCAUUCGCAUCAUUCAUCUACUCCAGAAGCAGACCAGCGAGAGACAAAAAACGAUCAUUGUCAUUCUAUUCAUUGUGGUGAGAACCAUAUUAACCUUAAAGCUUUAGGAAACUUGGUAGAGCAUAGUUGUUUGGAGAGCCUAAAUCCAAAGGCUCAUCCUAAUGCACACAAGUGUUGUACAGACUAUAGUGAGCCACCUCACACUGCCAUUGACAUUCCAAUGAAUCCAGACCGUGAGGCUACGCAUGCUUGUACGAGUCUGGAGAAGAGAGAAUUUGGAGGUUGUUGCAAGAGCUAUAUGAAAGAAUGUUGUGGUAAGCAUGGACAUUAUAGACCUGGCUUUGGAGGAGGCUUAACAGAAAUUAUCACUGAAUAAAAAUGUCUAAUUUUUAUAGAAACUAUGAUCUUCAGAUGUUUGGGUUUCUAGAAUUAAGAAUUGAGGAAAUUUUGACUCAGUGGAUUGAAUCAAAUUAAAUUAGCCAUUGUUGAAAGAAAUGCAAAUUAUCACAGGUAUUUGUAAGCAUCUGUUUGGGUUUGAAUGUGUAAACUGUUUCAUUGAUCAUUAUGGUAUAAAUACAAGUUAAAGGAUAAGUGAAAUUGCCUUAUGUCGGUUGU